AUGACCGGAGUAAUGGCUAGAAUUCCUAUCAAUCACCGCAUUCUGACGUGUGAAAGUCAGGAAAUCGAGUUUUCCGGCGACCCUGCAGCCAUAAAUUUAUCAGACACAGUUUUUGAGUUUCUGAAUGAGGAGUGUGAAGGGUUAUCGCCGGUGAGUUUCGACGGCGAAAAUGAAGACGACGGUGAAGAGGAGGAGAAAAAUGGAAAUGGGAAUGGGAAUGCAGAAGAUAAUAGCUUCUGGGAGACUCAAAACCAGCUUUUACAAGCUACACUAUGCAGGACAAGUUCAAUAGAGUCAAGUAUUCGUAGUAUUACUAAGGAGACAGUAAAAGAAGCACAACAAACAGGAAGUUUUUGCGGCUGCGGAAGACAAUUCAAUAAUGGCUGCCGGAAUUGUUUGAUGAAAGAGGUGUGCCGCCGCCUUCAAAGUGCUGGUUUUGACAGUGCAAUUUGCAAAUCCAAGUGGAGAAGUUCCCAAGAUAUUCCGUCAGGUGAACACACCUUUUUGGAUGUAAGAGACAAAUCCAGCUCCAAAAAAGGGGAAAUUAGGGUUAUAAUCGAAUUGAAUUUUCGAGCAGAAUUUGAAAUGGCAAGAGCAAACGAAGAAUACAACGAGCUAAUUCGAAAACUACCUGAAAUUUUUGUUGGAAAAAUCGAAAGACUACUAGCCUUGUUGAAGAUUUUGUGCUCAGCCGGCAAAAAAUGUAUGAAGGAGAAGAAAAUGCACUUGGCGCCAUGGCGGAAACACCGAUAUAUGGAAGCCAAGUAUCUGAGAAUUUGUGAGCGGUUGACAUCUACGCCUCCGUUGUCGACUGGUUAUUCCGGCCUAGCCGCCCGGCCAAGGGCCUCAAUGCUUACUGUAGAUUUGACAGAAAACUUUCCUAAUUUGCAUGGAACGGUGGUUGAAGUGGUGUAA